CAUGGUUGUUGAAGACUUGUGCCAGUAGGUGUGGACCAAAUGUGAGAUCCCGAGAUAGCGUGAUGUGAAGUUCUUGUAAAAUGUUUUUUCUAUAUAGAUAGCGGAGAAGUUUAGGGUUUUAUGAACCCCUGCAACUUUUCCUGUUUUUCCAGCGUGGUUCUUAUGGAAGGAUAGGGCUUUUAAUGCCCUUUACAGUGUGUGUUUUUGUUUAAAGUUUUCAAGAUGGCGCACAAUUUAGCCCCAAGUGUAAAUUGUUCCCUAGAUGACAUCGAUUUGAAUGCCUUGAAGGACCCGGCAGGCAUAUUUGAACUAAUUGAAGUAGUUGGAAAUGGGACUUACGGUCAAGUCUACAAGGGUCGGCACACGAAGACGGGUCAACUGGCCGCCAUCAAGGUCAUGGAUGUCACGGAGGAUGAAGAGGAAGAAAUAAAGCUGGAGAUAAACGUGCUGAAGAAGUACUCGAAUCAUCGGAACAUCGCCACGUACUACGGGGCCUUCAUUAAGAAGAGUCCACCUGGGAAGGACGACCAACUGUGGUUGGUGAUGGAGUACUGUGGCGCGGGAUCAGUCACCGACCUUGUAAAAUCGACGAAGGGGCAGAGCCUGAAGGAGGAGUGGAUAGCGUACAUCUGCCGGGAGAUCCUGCGAGGCCUCAGCUACCUGCACACCAACAAGGUCAUCCACCGGGACAUCAAGGGCCAGAACGUGCUGCUCACGGACAACGCCGAGGUCAAACUGGUGGACUUCGGGGUGAGCGCGCAGCUGGACCGGACGAUAGGGCGGCGCAACACCUUCAUCGGCACGCCCUACUGGAUGGCCCCGGAGGUGAUAGCCUGCGACGAGAACCCCGACGCCACGUACGACAACCGCAGUGACCUGUGGUCCCUGGGCAUCACCGCGCUGGAGAUGGCAGAGAGCCAGCCGCCGCUGUGCGACCUGCACCCCAUGCGGGCGCUCUUCCUCAUCCCCCGCAACCCCCCGCCGCGCCUCAAGUCCAAGAAGUGGGCCAAGAAGUUCCACGGGUUCAUAGAGACGGUGCUGGUGAAGGACUACCACCAGAGGCCCUACACGGAGCAGCUGCUGAAGCACCCGUUCAUCCGCGACCAGCCGACGGAGCGACAGGUCCGCAUACAGCUCAAGGACCACAUAGACCGCUGCAAGAAGCGCAAGCAGGACAAAGAGCGCGAGGACUACCGGUACAGCGGCUCGGAGAACGAGGAAGAGGAACCGGCCACCGCCGGCGAGCCGUCCUCCAUCGUCCCGGCGCCAGGCGGCGACACCCUCCGGCGCAACUUCCAGCAAAUCCAGCUGAAGCCGUUUUCUGGUGUGGAACAGGAAGGCAGGACGCUGACGCAGAACGAGAGCAAGGAGUCGAAGCACAACAGGAAAGGGGAGCGGGAGGAGAUCCCGGAACCGGGGCCCCCGGCCCGACCCCCCAUACCACAGAGACUGAUAGUGGUUCCGGACCCCCACCCGCCGUCGCGGCCCCUCCCGCCCCCGCCGAGGGAGGAGCGGCAGGCGAAGCCCGCCACCCCGCCCACGGGGGCCUCGGCCCACCAGCCCGCCCCGGCGCAGUCCCAGCCCCCGCCCCAGCCUCAGCCCCAGCGCAACUCACACAUUUUCAAGCCUAUGGUCCCUCCAAGAAGACCUGAGGACCUGGACAUGCUGGCGGCGCAGCUCAGCGAGCUGGGCGUGGCGCAGCCCGAGGCCCCCCCGCGCCACCGCCAGAACGGCAAGGUGGCCGCGGGCCCCCAGCCCCCCGCCCCCUCCGUGCUCGACCCCCCCGUCGAGUCCGACUCGGAGGAGGAGGGCGACGAGCGCGUCAGGAACGACGGCACCCUCCUGGCCAGCGACCCGCCCAAGCCGCUGCCAGAGAUAUCCCCUUACAGACCGACUGACUCAACACACAUACCACAGACCAUGGUCAUCCACGAAGGUCCGUCGUCGAGCGGUGCGCCCAACCGGCCGCUGCCCCCCACUCCGGACGAGGAGGAGAGCGGGGAGCGCACCCUGGUGCUGAAGAGGAGAGAAGAAGCGUUGAAACAAGAGAAACAGUCUGUAAGGCAUUCUGAGGCCGACGAACAGUUGCUGUUGAACGACUGGGACAUUGCUCGGUUCUUCCAAGGGUUCAACGAGCGAAUGGACAGGAUUAACGUGGACGGCAAGGGGAGCAAAGGGAACGCGGAGGCGAGCACCAAGCCCUCCCAAGAGAAGCCGCAGGAGAAGGCAUCCAGGGCCAGCAAAAGCUCGGGCGGUGGGACGGUUGGGCGUAGCAAACCUCGAAGCGAAAAAAAGACAGUGAAAGAUCUCUUCGGUGUCGGAGAUAAACUUGUGGUGCACCACAGAAGAAACGAGUCUGACUCUCGGGUGUCGAACUCCCCUUUCAGUGGAUUUCGGCGUGAGAACUCUGAUUUCUUCCCCGCAUCGUCGCGGCACUCGGCCAUACUCCUGGAAGGAAAGAGCGCGCAAGGCGGCGGGAGCAUUUUCUUCGGGAACGGCAGGAGGGGCUCGGACAUAGCGGUGGCCGGACUGAACAUCCUGAGCGGGGCCAGCGGCAAGAAGAGCAGGGCGGCCCCCAAGGGCGGGGAGCCGGUGCUGACGGACUUCAGCCAGCGGGCGUCGGGGUCGUUCGAACAGCCGCUGCGGCCGCGGCGCGAGAAGACGGAAGGGGACAUCGUGCUGAUGCGCAAUAGGCAGGACCUGCGCGACGAGCUGCAAGCGCGGCGGCUCGACGUGGAACAGAGGUUCUCCCGCGAGGCCGACCGCAUGAGGCGGCGCAACAGCCGGCCGGCGGAGGACGCGACCUCGGAGAUCGCUCAGGACCAGAGCCGCGAGGAGCGCCGCGGCGGGGACUUCCACCGCAUGGACUCGUCGCCCGGCCAGCUGGGGACGCCCGGCUCGCGCACCAGCUCCGUGCUCCCGGACCUGCUGACCCAGGCAUCGUCUAGUCCUGGCACUCCGAAUCAGAGGCAGGAUAAAUCAACGAGCGAAGAGUACCGCCAAGCCGUGUCUAAAUCGCCCCCCUACCUGCUCCAACAGAAACAGCGGUCGUUUCUCACGUUCGGGUUCGGGGCGGGCGGGUCAGGCCCCACGCGGCGGGAGUCGCACGUCAACGUCAACGUCACGCCCACCUCGCACGACGUGGGCUCCGACACGCCCGAGAUCCGCAAGUACAAGAAGAGGUUCAACUCGGAGAUACUGUGUGCGGCGCUGUGGGGCGUGAACCUGCUGAUCGGCACAGAGAACGGCCUGAUGCUGCUGGACCGCAGCGGCCAGGGCAAGGUGUACCAGCUCAUCUCCCGCCGCCGCUUCCAGCAGAUGGAGGUGCUGGAGGGGCAGAACAUCCUGGUGACCAUCUCGGGCAAGAAGAACCGCGUGCGCGUCUACUACCUGUCCUGGCUCAAGUCCAAGAUCCUGCGCACGGACGGGGUGAGUGAUCAAGUGGAGCGGCGCAACGGCUGGAUCAACGUGGGGGACCUGCAGGGGGCAGUGCACUUCAAGAUCGUCAAGUACGAGCGCAUCAAGUUCCUCGUCAUUGCCCUCAAGGAGAGCAUAGAGAUCUACGCCUGGGCGCCCAAGCCUUACCACAAGUUCAUGGCCUUCAAGUCGUUCGGGGACCUGGCCCACCGCCCGCUGCUGGUGGACCUCACCGUCGAGGAGGGCACCCGCCUCAAGGUCAUCUACGGCUCGGCCGACGGCUUCCACGCCGUGGACCUGGACUCUGCGUCCGUGUACGACAUCUACCUGCCCAAGCACACGCAGAGCCCCAUCUCCCCGCACUGCAUAGUGCCUCUCCCCAACUCCAACGGCAUGCAGCUGCUCCUGUGCUACGACAACGAGGGCGUCUACGUCAACACUUACGGCAAGGUGUCGAAGAACAUAGUGCUGCAGUGGGGGGAGAUGCCGACGAGCGUGGCGUACAUCGGCACCGGCCAGAUCAUGGGCUGGGGGAACAAGGCCAUCGAGAUCCGCAGCGUGGAGACGGGCCACCUGGACGGGGUCUUCAUGCACAAGAAGGCCCAGAGGCUCAAGUUCCUUUGCGAGAGGAACGACAAGGUGUUCUUCUCGUCUGCGAAAGGCGGUUCCUCAUGCCAGAUCUACUUCAUGACCUUGAACAAGCCGGGAAUGGCCAACUGGUGAUAGUGCACGGACUUGUGGAUCAGUCGGUUGCGAGUGCGGAAACCAGGUGGACCAUCCACGUGUGUGUCAGUCGGAGAACGGAGCGUUUUAACUUGUGAUAUUGCGUCUGAUGAAAUCCUCAUUUCAGCAUUUUUUUUUAACAUGUUGCUCCAAAUGCUUUCUCUUCUAUGUCUUUAACAUAUUUGCGGCAAUAUGUUACUAAAAAAAAUAAUUGUUUUAGCUAGUAAAUCUGCAAGACAAAAUUUUAGCCAUUUUUACCAUUCUUCUUUUAAGAUUUUCUAUGAAUUUGCUUGUGUGAGUUCAGUUAAAAAUUUAAAUAAUUUAAAAAAUAUAUAUUAUUUGGGUUAUUUAUACUUCUUUCCGUGAACUCACUCAAUCCUGCACUGUUAUUUUAUAUAACAUGCUGUUGUUUUUGUAAAUAUUUUUUUCAAAGAUCAAAUGUGUUCAUGUGAAUUUAACACUUAAAAACACAAACUAUGUUUUCAGUUUUGGUGCUGUACAGAUCUAUAUUAUGUAAGAAAUAAGUUAAUUUUUAUAGCAUUUUAUUUGCAAGAGAAUGGUGGGAAAAGUCUGUUACACAAUUUUAAGUAUCUCAGAUAGUGUUCCUGAUUUCUUUUGUCUUUAAAGCUUCCAGUGGAAUUUGUUUGUUAUUUUUUCCCUCCAUAAGUGAACGUGUGCUCUUGAAUGUUAAACUGUUGGGACAUACCUAUGGAAUCUUCCUCGUUUGGUGAGCUGUUGAUAUUAUUGCAAAUUUUUUUCCAACUUGAUUAGAGUUAACUUUAAGAUUUGUAUAAAAUUUUGGACAAGAACUAUGAUACUUAUUAUGAUCCCCCCCCCUCCCCUCCUCCUCAUCCCCAUCAUUUUUAUGAGUGCUGUAGUUUCAUAUAAACUCCUUAUCAAUGUAAAUAAAUUACAUAAAAUGAUUUUUUCAUAAUGUGUUAUUUUAUAUGGAAGUAGUAUUUUUUUUUAAUGGAUAUUUAGUUAUGUACGGUUCAUAAACUAUUAGUUCCAGUUUCAGUUGCUUUGACCCAAAACCAACUUUUGGAAUCUGGUAUUUUUGUACGUUUCUAUUACUUCGCGAUCUGUAAUGUCAAUGCAAAGUUUGUCCUGCGGAAAAGGUAAAAUUGGAAUUGGAGCCAAAAAGUUAGGCUUGAAUUCAACUGACAAAGACUAAGAACCGCAUAGCCCUAAUGUUAAGUUUUUUUUUGUAUAUUUUGACUACAUAUUCAUGUUUAGCAGAACACUUAGUUUUUUAAGACUGAGUAAAGAGUAAUAUUUUAAACUGCGCUCAGAUUGGUACAAAAAAUAUAAUUGUGUGUCAGGUUUUUUAAUGAUAUUUUAUGAUCAUAAUUAUUAAUAAAAAGUUAAUUGUUAUUAAUAUUAGGUAUGUAGCACAAGUAUUAUGCACAAAGUUUUAAAUAAGAAGAGUAAUUUACAGCAAUUAAAUUCCAUAAAAAGAGCAUAAUAUACACAAUAAUGGAAAAAAAAAAUUUUUUUAAGGUAAACUAUGAAGUGCCAUUAACUGGUUUCUGUGCUUGUGGUAAGGCAUUGUAUUAUGUGCAGUUUGACAUGGUUAGCCUUGGGAAAUACUUCAACCAUGAAUGUGUAAAAUAUUAUCUAACCGGAUUUACGGCUUCACCAACUGUUAGAUUGUUUUUGUAACCCCACAUAUGUAUGAAGAAAUAGUUGGUAUGAGACUAAAGUUGUAGGCAUUGUGCUGCUGUAAAAAAUAAAAAAACAUAAAAUGAGUUACUAGUGACAAACCAUCAUGCUAAUAGGCAAACUUUUAAUGAUGAAUAUUUUUCUGAAAUUUUACAAAUAACAUAAAUGAUGUGUGGAAUAUAUUUUGUGCAAGUAAAUAUGGACAAGAUGUUUUGACGCAACGUCUAAUAAAUCAAUGAACACCGGCUGUACGCACGAAAAAGUGUCCCAUUGCGCACAUUGUUCUGUUACGCUGUGUCCCGUUACGCUCAUUGUUCCGUUACGCUGUGUACAGACAACCAAUUUUUUUUUAAUGUUUUUAUUUUGAGGCUAAUUUAAUUUUUGAAUCAAAAUAUUUUGGUGUGUUUAUUUUUAUUUUAAUAAAUGUAACACAUUAAAUGUUUUAUAAUAAUUAUACACCAAAACCAUUUACAAUAUAAUAUGUAAUAAGCAUUUCUAACUAUGUAUGUGGAACAAUACAAAUUAAUCUGCAAGUAAAAUGUAGAAGAAAUUUAGAAGAAAAAUGUACCAAAGCUGUAAUGUAGAAAUGAGUUACUAAUAACAGUUAAUAGUUAAAAAAAAAAAAAAAAAAAAAUCUGGUACAACUUUCAUGGUAAAUAUGUUACAUUCCUCAAUUUUAAUGUAUUACAAAAAAAUCAGUGUUUGUGUUUUGACGUUUUGAGUUAAAUUUUUGAUUUAAAAUGCUGAUUAUUUUAUGCUUUCAGUCACAUUUUUGGUGCUUUAUGGUGUAUUAUUAACUUGCAUUUUGGCUAUCUAUGUGUAGUUCAUGUAAUAGUUUUAUUUCUAACUGUAAAACACACUUCAAAAAAUUCCAUUUAAGAAAGUUUAUAAAAUUUGGCAUUUAACCUAUAAAUACAUAACAAUUUCACUCUUUUAAUAAGGAUUCGUUGUAGUCAAAAUUUGUAAACAUUUUAUUGUAGACUGUUAUGUUUGGUUCAGUGUUGAUUUCCUUCAUUUUGUUAAUUUGUCCUGGUCCCUAAAAAUGUUAAAAUAUAUUUCACUGUGUGUUUUGUAUUCACGUUAGUGUUGACCACAAUUCCACUGGAUGCUAUAUUGAGAGUUUCUUCAAAAAAAAAUAUGUUUAGUCUUGCUGUUUUGUGAUAUUUAGGUUAUGUUUACAAGGCAGAAAUUUUCUACGUACAAUUAUUGCAAGCAGAUUUUGUUUUAUAUUUACUCAUAAUUAAUUAAAUAUUGUAUUUUACAGGAAAAAAUUGAAUGAAUUGGAUCAUUACAGCUUGUAAUGUGAUCUUUGUAACUAUUUAUAGAUACUUUAAUGUGUAAACGUGAUUUGUUUUAAGAUCAAAUUUUUAUCAGCUGAUUUUGUGGCGUUUGUAAAUAAUUUGAGUGAAUGAAUUGCGUGUGUGUGUAUGUGUGUGCUGGUUGUGCAAUAUGCCAUAGUCGGGACUGGUUUAUGCGGACCGCAACAUUGCGGCAGAGGAAAUAUAAUGACUGAAAAAAAAAUCAACAAUGUAAUUUUGUUAGCUGUAAAAACAUUUAAAUACUUAACGAGGGAGAAUCUGCAGAAACUUAGUGCAGUAUUAAACAUGAUUCAGCUUUUGAUUCGUACUGCACUCAAAGAAGCGCUGCAAGCAUUUAUUGUACACUGAUAAUUCUUGGUGCUGAAGCGAAUGAGGAAUUCCAGUCAAUAAUUGAAAAGUGUUCAGUGCCAACCCUAACACUCCCGAGUACUUUAUGCUUUACGUGCCCGUAACAAAGGUUUUUUUUGUGCUAACGAAAUUGCAUUGUACAAACUUUUAUUUUUCUUUGUAACUUUUUAAAUUGCCAUUUCAACACAUAGUAAUUAAUUUCCAAAGAUAUUAGUGUAUUACAUUCAUAUAUUAUAUAAAUAUUGUCAUUAUCAGCCAAACCAGAAGCAACUUGCAGAAGAAGGAAAAAAAAAAGAUUUAUCAUGUAGGAUUAGCAAUCUGAAUAUUUCGAAUUUAUACAUAGAUUUUUUAUUACUUGUGAAAGUAUGACUGAUGUUUUUGUACAUCCCUUGAGCCACUUGUAAGCAUAAAAAGUGUUUGUAUAUUUGCACGUGUUCAUGUGUAACUAAAUAAAGUAGAUGGAAAAAAAAAA